AUGAAUUUGGAUGUGGCCAAACCUGAAGCUCCCCUCAGAGUCACCGGCACUGCAUCUGGCCCACCCAAAUUCAAACAGAGGAACAGUGGCCAGUUCAAGAGCAAGCCUCCGAAGAGGGGCGUCAUUUGCUUUGGAGGGGAGAUCCUGGAAGGGCUUGGCACUGACAUCACUGUAAUCUACCCGUGGGAAGCCUACAGCCAUCUAGAGCUACAUGAACUGGCUCAGUAUGGUAACAUCUGA